CUUCACAUAUUGAUUUGGUGAGGUUUAAGCCUCAAGACAGAAUGGCAGACACAAAGCGUCUCGCAUUCUCCAUCAUCCAGUUUCUCCAUGAUCAGCUGUCCUCUGGGAGUCUGUCAUCAGAUGCUCAAGAAAGCUUAGAAGUCGCCAUCCAGUGCCUGGAGACAUCGUUUGGCAUCUCUGUAGAGGACCAGAGUUUAGCAGUCAGUCCGUCUCUGCCAGAGAUAUUUGCCUCUGCAACUAAACAGCAGACACCUCAAAAUAAAACCAAUUCAUCCAGUGGUUCACCUUCAGAGGAGCAGUUAGCAGAGGCAGAGCAUCUUAAAACAGACGGCAAUGAUCAGAUGAAGGUAGAGAACUUUAGUGCAGCCGUUGUGUUCUACUCUAAAGCCAUCCAGCUUAAUCCUCAAAAUGCUGUCUACUAUUGCAACAGGUAA